CUUGCGUCGGCUGGAGGGUGAGAGUACCUUAGUUAUCAAUUAUCGACAGAAGUGCAUCCAGAUCGAAGAAAGGACCUUUGUUCAUUAGCGGCAAGCCCUCGCUGGAAGCCAACCAACCAAUCAAUCCUUAAUGACGCAACAGAAAGUGUAAAACACACAAAACGAUACGAGCAAAACAACAUGCCAUCUGGGAAGCCAAGAUUGAACACUCCGUGCUAUCGGUGGGAUUUUUCGGCCAAGGAGUGCCUGUGCCUCCAUUCCAAUCUGAUGAAGACCACUUCCAACCACAAGAAGGAUGAUGAAAAUGCCUUCCUGUCGGACAAGUCGCUCUCGGUAGUCCUGCUGCACGGAUCCUGGAACCACGAUUUGUCCCCGGCCCUGAGCGACGAGGACGUCUCCGAGCACGCCGGAAAGGAAGAAAUCGAGGGACAGAACCGCCGCGAGACGACGAAGCAAAUCGUCAUGCAGCAGAUCGCCUUUGCUUUUUCCGCGGCACGCGACUGGGCCGUGAAACUGUCCAGGGAACAGGCUGGAACCGAUGCCAGCAUCGCGAGGGACAUUUUGGAGUACGCCGAUUGCCGCACCAUCGGAGGAUCCAUGCUGGUGGAUUCCAGCGACGAUGAGACGAUCGACAUCGCCGUCGAUCAAUUCCUGGCGCCGGAGGACCUCCCGGCCCUGGUGGUGGUUGCCAACGGUGACGUCGGGAGCCCCGAAGCACUGCUCCAUCCGGUACGGGGGCUGGAUUCCAGAACCCUCGGUGCCUUUCUCUCCACGCCCAGUUCGGAACCAACCUACAACGAAGCUUCCUUCACCGUUCUGAACGCACUCAGAGACACCCUACGGAAUAUCUUCGAGGGAAGGCCCGCGGACGCCGGUGGCGGCGAAGCCGGUAAAACCAAGACCGGUCCGAGCCUGGAGGGAGAGACCGAAGCGCUGAGGAUUUUUGUCUCCGGCGAUCGGUCCCAGGUGGGGAAAUCUUCCGUCUGCAUGGGCCUGAUUGGGACCCUGGUUCACGAUCUUGGCUAUCCUCCCUCCUCGCUGGCCUACAUCAAGCCUGCAACGCAGUGCGAGGCUACCCAGCUGGUGGCGCUCUACUGCGAGGAACUGGGUGUCUCCCACCGUGCCAUCGGGCCGAUCGUCUACUACAAGGGCUUCACCCGGGCCUUUCUGGCGGGGGACACCGCACCGAGCGAGGUGCUCCUGGAACAGGCCGGGGAGGCCGUCGAUGCCAUUGCCGAGGGGAAGAGGAUCGUGAUUGUCGACGGGGUGGGAUACCCCGCCGUGGGGUCCAUCUGCGGGACGGACAACGCGUCCGUGGCCGCGGCCUGCGGGCCGAUACAAAGCCAAACAAGCCAGGGCCAGGGCAGGCGGCCACCCGUUCCGGUCCUGCUGGUGGGAAAGAAGGGUGUCGGCGAUGCCGUCGACUCCUUCAAUCUGAACGCGACCUAUUUCGAAUCAAGGGGGGUUCCGGUGCUGGGAUCGGUCUUCAAUCGGUUGCCCCUCGAGGGGUACUAUUCCCUCGACAACUGCAAACAGGCAGUGGGAUCGUACUUUGAACAAAAAACCGACAAGAUCGCCUUUGGGUUCAUCCCCGAGGUCGCGAGCAUAUCGUCGUCGAGGGAGGAGGGGGCCGCCCUCGAACUGGAAUCCGCCAAGGAAUUCGUAAAGACCUUUGCCGAUCACGUCGACGUCAACGCAAUCGUAGAAGCGGCAGCAAAGGCAACGGCGGUACCGGUUCGCAAAAUAAUGGCGCCUCCUCUUUCCCACAAAAACCUCGACCAAAGAACGCACCAACCAAUCACGCGGGUGGUAUCGGAGGAAAGCCCGACGAAACGGCCCAACACCGAAGCCAGGGAUCGGCAGAAGAUCCGACUGACGAGGGCGCAGGUCGAGGAGGCCGCCAAGAUAGCCGGAGCGGCCGGUGGAUGAGGCGCAAAGUAGCAGCAAAGCCGUGGCUUAGAGCGGAAUCGAAUCCGCCCUUCGAAUCCGCCCUUCGAAUCCGCCCUUCAUGCUUGAGCUGCAAUAGCGAAUGUGAUUUUUUUCUCCAACUUUCCAAUAGGUGCGUACGUUACGAAACGGUACGUGCUUGUGAGAUGACGGUCUGUAAUGGCGUUGGCGCAAUACAUGUCACGAAUUCUAGACCCGAUAGAUGGAAGACGGAAGGAAAAGGAAUAAAAUCAAAGAAACGAACUUUCGUUCUAGAGAAAAAUGCCAGUCACCUAAUGUGUUCUAAUGUACUAUACUAAUACUACAAAAAAGGUUUUUCGCCACUUUUUGGGAUGAGGAAAGACUCUAUGCCCACAUCUCAAAACUCUAUCUCGCCACAUUGCUCACCUAGUUGGCAAAUAUUUCAGUGUCGUCAGCAACAACUACUUCUGAUUGUAGUACAAAUGGUUCAAUAUCCCUGCGCAAUGAGUGAGAUAAAGAAAAUUGUUAGCUGAAAUAUUAACGCGAAGACAGUUCGCAUUUAUUGAGAACUAGAUGUGCACGCUGUCCAGGAACUCUUCACGAAUCAAUCAAGAAUCGAAUUCUACCAUACACAUGACCGAACGCUAAAUUUGCUCUACUUUGAUGUUGCAGAUGCAAGACGUACGCCAUGUAAUUAUUUUUUUAAUAAAUAAUGUAAAGUUAA